AUGGACCCGCAAUCUUCGCAGCCGAGGUCGGUCGCGGUCGUGGGAACCGGCAUGGCAGGCUUGGUCACUGCACACUUGCUUCACCAGGAUCCCCAAAAGCGAUACCGUGUGACGUUGCUGGAGAAGAGAGACCAAAUCUCCUUGAGUGCCGAAUCAAUUGCGAUUCACUCUCAGGAUGAGAAAAACUCCCCUCUUUGGGCGGAUGUGCCCAUGCGCGCAUUUGCAGGGGGCUUCUAUCGCAACUUGAUCCAGAUGUAUGACUACUUGGGUGUCCGCUACCAUGCGCAGUCAUUUCUCUUUAGCUUCACCAAAUUGCCUCGAAAAGUGCAGGAGAUAUCAUCAUCACCAUUGAAACCAUCACCCAUUCCCGGCCCACGGAUGGUCUAUGCCUCCAAUUUCCAUCAAAUACCCCCGAUUCCGCGCACCAUGGAUCUGGUGCAGUGGCUUCUAGAGGCAGCAUACGCAUUGUUGUUCUACUGCUGGUUCACCAUCUGCUGCUUCUUCGUAGCGCCUUUUCCUGAAGACCCGCAAAAUGGCACCCCGAGCGAGUCACUCGACCACUAUCUCCGUCGCGUCUGGCUGCCGCAGUCCUAUGUCACCGACUACUUGCUGCCGCUCGUCUCAAGCGUCUGCACCUGCUCGCAUGAGGAAAUGCUGCGCUUCCCUGCCUCUGACGUCCUGGAAUAUAAGCGCCGUACCCAUCAUCAACAGCAUUAUGUCGUGUCAUCAGGGGUGCAAUCGGUCCAAGGAAAGCUGCUCAAGGGGAUAGACGUGCGGCUCGGAGUUGACUUGACACAUGUGCUCCCACAGCCUGAUGGGGUACACGUCAAUUACUCGGGACUCAAAGGGCAAACUGUAUCAGAACACUUCGACAUGGUCGUGCUGGCGGUGUCUCCAGAUAUUGCUGCUAAAUUGUUCGCUCCGCUGCAGGCUCAACUCACAGCCAUUCCCACCACCAGCGUCGAGACAGUCGCCCACACCGACACCACAAGCGUUGAGCCCAUGCUGCGUGCGACGGGCUCAUUCUUUUCAAACAAGCUCCCCUUGUCAAAUGCCACUAAUUUCAACACACAGCGGAUCCAUCUCCUCUCGACAGAUUCCACCACAGAGUCUGUGCACGAACAGUCUAAUUCUAUCCUGGUCACCACCAACCCGCUCUUCCCUGUCAACAAGGCCAAAGUGAUUCGUUCCGCCCGUUUUACGCGUGUUCUGCGCGAUUCGCGCAGUCGUCUUAUUGUCAACUCUAUCUUUCGAGAUCGUUCACAAAGCAAUGUGCCCUCUACUUGCGAUUCUUCCUAUGCCGCAUCGUCUUCUUGGCGCAGCGGCGAUGAUGGCGUCUACCUUGCUGGUGGAUGGUGCUGGGAUGGAAUGGUCUUGUUGGAGGGGUGCAUCGUCUCUGCCAUGAGAGUUGCCGCGGAUCUGGACGUUAGGACGCCGUGGGAUAAUGAGACACGAUGA